AUGACUACAGAUCCUAAUCCUAGCAGCGUGGUGGGAGAGAUCAAAGCGGAAGUCGACGCGAUUGUGGAAAGACUGAGCCAGAAGCUGCGAGAUCUGAACAGGACGAUUUGGGAGAAUCCAGAGAUUGGCAAGCAUGAGUUCAAUGCGCACAACACGAUCUGCUCCUUCAUGGAAGAACUAGGGUACACUGUCACCCGUUCGGCAUAUGGCAUCCCAACUGCCUUCGAGGUCCUCUCUGGCUCUGGCGGCCGGCUGGUCAACUUCAACGCCGAAUAUGACUCCCUACCUGGUAUUGGACAUGCUUGCGGUCACAAUCUUAUUACCACAAGCUCUGUCACAGCCUUUCUGUCGCUCUCCAUGACGCUGAAAAGGCUCAGGAUGCCGGGGAGGGUCCAACUGCUGGGAACUCCGGACGAAGAAGGAGAUGGUGGGAAAGUUAAGCUCCUCGAGAGAGGUGCAUACAAGAACGUCGAUGUCUCCCUGAUGGCACACCCCUUUGAAGGAACCGAUUCUGGUGACGGCCACUUCUACCCCGAUGGCAUUGCGGGAUUCCGAAUGGUGGCUCGUGAGCGAAUUGCAGCCGAAUUCAUCGGCAAAGCUGCGCACGCAGGAAGCAAUCCGUGGGACGGCGUCAACGCUCUGGACGCUGCGGUAGCAGCAUAUAACAACCUGGCUCUUCUGCGACAGCAGAUCCAAGCAAACGAGAGGAUCCAUAACGUUUUCGUCCAGGCGGACAAAACGGUUAAUAUCAUCCCUGCCUAUGUGAAAUGCGCAUACCAGGUCAGGAGCCCUCGUCUGAGCGGCCUGAAGGUUCUUGUCGAAAAGGUCACCAAUUGUAUCAAGGCUGCUGGGCUGGCGACAGGCUGUGAGGUCAAGAUUCAGAGCGACUCAUGCUAUGCAGAUAUCGUUAUCAAUGACACGCUUUGCGACCUCUACAAAUCGCAUAUUGCAAACUACGGCCAUGAAGUACAAAGGAUCAUCCCCGUUGUGAAGGUCGGCUCAACCGAUCAAGGCAACGUCAGCCACCAGGUUCCUGCAAUCCAUGCAAUGUUUGUCAUUCCAACCGAAAACAAAGCUGGACCGCAUAGCAAAGGAUUUGAAGCCGGCGCAGGGACGGAUAUUGCACAUGAAAGAGCGUUGGUUGUGGGGAAAACACUUGCUCAGGUUGGGUAUGAUGUCCUGACAAAGGACAAGAUCUAUGAAGCAGUCAAAGCAGAUUGGCUCAGGAAUAAGGCUUCGUAUUAG